AUGUCAAAUAUUUUGAACGUGUAUGUCAAAUACUUUGAACGUGUUAUGACAUACUUUAAUGGAGAAGAUCAGCCGGGGCGUGUAUGCUUAGAGGAUUUCACCUUCAUAGGUGUCCAUAUUGGAUUAGGCCCUCCAUUACUAUCUCAGAUCAUAAUGGUGUUCUUUUUUCCACCAAGAAGCAUCCAAGAACCAAGGAUCUAUCGAUCCAGGAGAACAUGUUUUUAUGUUGGUGGGAGAGAUGGGAAAAUAUACAUUGCAGAACUCAAUGCUCAAACCACAUCCAACAAUAACAACAACUAUGGUUUGGAUAUCAUUGGCACAUUAUCUGAUCAAAGUAAGGCGAUAUGCUCUUUGGGUUUUGCAUUGGAUGGAUUUCAAUUGGUUGUUGGAUCAGAGGAUGGAAUGGUUCGUGUUUGGGAUACAUAAAAAAUGUGGAUGUUCAAACAAAGUUUGAACAACAACUUGCACAAGCAAUGAAUGUCAUUAGACAUUGAGUGAACAGGUCAAAACUUUUAUUAAUCAAUGAUAGAAUAUUAUGUAUCGAAUAACGUUUUAUGUUAAAUUUGUAGCGACUUUUGAUUUUGAGAUAUGUAUCUUUUGAUGUAUUGGAUAUUUCUUUUAGUUUCUAUAGAAAUACUUUGUUA